UGCCUCUGCCUGCGCCCAGCGAGCCCCCCUUCCUGCUGUACACCGAGCAGCUGGCUCGGAAGGAGGUGGAGGUCCUGGCCCUGAAGAAGCAGAAGCACCAGCUGGAGACGGAGGUUCGCAGGUUCCAGGAGAAGCUGCUGGAAGAAGAAGAGAAGCACAAGGAGGAGGUGUCUCUUCUCCAGAGCCACAUUCAGAAGACCUUCCGGGACCAGAGCAGGGAGGGAGCUAACCUGGAGUACCUCAAGAACAUUUUCUACAGGUUUCUGACCUUGACAGACUUGCUGGGACGCCAGCAAACCCUGACAGCCAUAUUGACUAUUUUGCAUUUCAGCCCAGAAGAGAGACAGGCCGUUCUGAGCCAUGCGGGUGGAGGCAGCGGCUGGUGGCUUUCGGGGAAGAGAUGAAGCUCCGCCCCGCUUUCUGGGGGGGAUGGCGGGCUAGGUCCAGAGCGAGGCUGGGUGCUCGCCCUGUCUCCAGACGAAGCAGUACCUGUUCCUUGCCAUUUGGUGGGGAGACCACAGGACCAGCCAGGGCUCCCAUUUCAGACUCCAUGCCGUGUGAAGGGCCUCCCUGGGGCUGGGUUCUCUGCUGCAGGGAUUCAGUUUGGGGUCUUCAUUCCUUUUAAAAGGUUCCGUUCAGGGCUCUGGUCAAUGUUUAUUCCAGUAUUUUUAUCUUUUUUUUUUUUUGCCAAAUAUGGACUGGGGAAAUCCUGUGGACUCCCAAGCCAGCAGUCGAGCUUGAGGCUAGCAAAUAAAGCAUCAGCAAUCGAAGCCUAUCCUGUGAGUGUUUGGGGUGGAGGGCAGUGCUCAGCCUUUAGUCAGAGAUGUGUCCUUUGAUGACUGCUGUGCAGCAGGAUGGGGGUGACAGCGAGGCACAGAGGCUUCUCUGAAGCUCUACUGCUGAGGCAGCUGCUCCUGGGGGUUGGGUGGGCCUCUCCAGCCACUCUAGUCCAAAAGGGCCAAAUUGCAGAGGCACCCAGAUUUUCUGUUCCCAAUUUGGGUGCUCCCUGCAUGCUUUCUCCCAGUCAAGGAUUAGAAGGUAGGCAGGGGGCCCUGGUUCGCCCCCUCUCCAUUUCUUUGUUUAUAUCAAAGUAUACAGCCUGCCAUCUCACCAGUGUGACUCUGGGCGGCUAAGGAGUAGGGGACGGGGCAGGGAUCUUUCUUGACUCCUUUCACAGCUCAGAAAAGACAGCAGCCUGGUUUGUGUGACCUUUCUUCUUCCUUCCAGGGUGAUCAGGCAGUUUCAAUUUGCCUGCUGUGCCUAAUAUGCAUUUCAGCAUCAUGUACGGAAGGAUUGAUGGAGUGUUGCUCUUCUCCCCGCAGCAAUUUUUGGUCUUGGCCUUGGCAUGCAUCUCUCUGGCGGCCCUCUCCCUCAGCCUGCUGGGCAGCGGCUCCGUUCUGGCUGUGGCCAUCCGCCGAAGGCAGUGCUGCAGGGACCAGCUCCGGCCUCUUGUCCUCCUCUCGCUUGCGGACUUUCUGGGUGCUGCCAUGCUGACCUCCACCAUGGCCGUCCACCUCCUUCCCUCCCAGCUCUUUGGUGCAGCCUAUGGGUUCUGCCUCUAUGGGCUGCUGUUUGGCAUGAUGUUCUACGCCAUCUCUCUCCUGAUGGUGCUUGUCUAUGCCUGUGAAGUGAACCGGGCAGUCAGAGGCUGGAGAGUGACUCAGUACUCCAACUUGCAGGAGAACAGCUCGUGCUUCCCCAGAUGUCAGCUGGCUCUGCCUUACGCCCUGGCUUGGCUGAUCCCUUGUCUGGUGGUUCUGGCCCUGCUGGUCCUAAGCAGUGGGCCCCUAAGAGGCAUGGCCCUUCUUCAGCCUUUGUCGCGGGCAGACAAUGACUCCUCGGGGGGCUCCAACCUCUCCUGCUCCAGCUGCCUGGUUCUCAUCCACCUUUCCCAGGACACCUGCUCGAAGCUUCAGUCAGCUGGUUCUGGUCCUGUGGUCCAGGGCGACAGAGAGCAAGGCCAUUCUCUCUCUCCCCAGCACUUGGCCAAGGAAAGCAGCAUCGUCUUCCUUGUGUUUGUGGCCUUGGUUGUGUCCGGCUGCGUGGUUCUGUACUGCAGGGUGAACAGCUGGCACUGCCGGGACCGUUACGUGCCAUGGAGCGAUGGCCUCGCCAGCAGAAGCCACGUCACCCGCCGCUUCCAGCUGGUCCUUGUGCUCUGCUGGAUGCCAGCUUGCCUCCUCGUGCUGCUGUCAUUCACCAGCCUCCAGCUCUCCUCCCUUUUCCCUGUCUUGGUGGCUACGGCCCUGACUGCCCCCCUCCAGGGCUUCCUGCACAGCCUCGCCUAUGGCUGGCUGCGGGGGAACUUCCGCCAGGAGGUGGCGAGCGAGCGGCUGCCCCUGCACUGGUCUCCGGGCAUGAAGGCCUUCUACGAGGACUCCCUGGCCAGGCCCUGCUAGUGGCGGAGGCGUCUCCAGGUCAAGCUGGGCCGCAAGAGGCAGUCGAGCAACGUGUGCGUUUGGCUAAAUAAAACGCGCAGGA